AUGAUCGGCCCUUCUCAUCGCCUUCUCAGCUCCAAAUCGCCCUCUGCCGAGUCCGACGCGCCGGGCCUGCCGAGGAGCGCCUUCUCUGCUGAUUUCCCUCCCCGACAUCACACCCGCCACGCCCGACGUCCGAGGAUGCUCUCCCACUUGCGCUUUCACCGGCGCGGCGCAUCCAAUCCCGCGUCCCCGACGACCGAUCACCAACAGCCUUGGUCGCCUCUCGCCGGCUACGAGUCUACCCCGGGUCCCGACCCGGCUUCUCCGUUUGAUGCCCUGCCGCUGUCGGCAUCGAGCACAUCCGCCUUGCCUCCGACCUUGCCGCCCAUCACACGCGUGACAUCAGCUGAUGCCGACUUGCAAGACCCGGGCCUCGGAGACGCGUAUGGCAUGUCCCCUCCCGACGCCCGAUCGCGGAUACCCAGCAGUGGCGAAACAGGCUUCCUUGGCGGCGUCGCCUUGCGAAACUAUCGUCGCGAUGUGGCGGCGCACGAUGCGUCGCUUCCCGCCUCAAACCCGGGCACCGCGGAGCCGCCGAGGAGCAGGAAAAGCCUGCCCUUUCUCAAGAAUCCCAUGUCGACCCUCCUUAUGAGGCGAAAGAACAAUCAAAAUGUCCCAGAUCUCCGCCCCCUGCCAUUGACAAGCCCCAAAGAAGAGCCCGUCUAUGACCCGCGUAUUAGAGGCACUCGGGUUCACGAUUUCAGCGCCCCCAGGCGCAAACACCACACUUCGAACCGUGCUAGCACAGCUCCUCGGUCCGAAGCAGACGAGCGCGUCUGCUCGCCCGAUGGUGUCAAGGGUGUUGCGGGACCGGGCACUCACCAAGUCACCAACUCAAGCCAUACCUCGGAUCCAGCACAUUCGGAAUCCCUUGGCGCAGAGUCACAACUUGUCAAUCCCUCCCCAAGUGUCUCGUCUGCCAAGACCAAAACAUGCUUCAUUGAUCAAGCGUUGACCCUCGUCGAGGAUAAAUCUACAUGCCAGGUGCCGCUCAUGGAUGGUGUUGCCUUACUUUCGCAGACAUCAUCCUCGGCAUCUCUCACAAAGGUUCCAGAGGGUGAUGCACGUGAGCCGCGACGGACGCACUUAUCCACGCGGACUACACGUUCUGGCAAUAUAUCCUUGUCCGAAAUGUCGGCGCUGCCCAAGCACAUGAAAAGCACGUCCUCGAGAUUCAGUUUCGACAUGAUUGGCGCAGCCAAGCAAGAGAAGUUGCUCGAAGAGAGGCAUCGCAAGCGCGAGUUGGAGAGAAAAUCCACAGGUGCUGAAAUCGUUAGGGAUUCGAGGUUCGACGAUUUUGACGACGAUUCUUUCGACUAUGAUGCCAUGAUGGAUGACGACGGGCUGGAAGAAAGGAUACCGGGCGUUAACGCCGACCUCGAGGAAGAUGAGGGCACUUUCGAGGGCGCGUUCGAAGACGGCCUCGAUCCCGACAAUGACCAAGAGAACUUUGCCGGCUUUGUCUUUCAACGAUCCAAUCCAACCUCGGCCUUGGCAAGCCCGCAAUGCAUGGGCAUCGCGGCCACCCCAAGAGAUGCCAGCGGCAAAGUCAUUGGCUUUGCGAUGACCCAGGACACGCCCAGCUCCGUCGACAUUCCCGGGUCACCGGAGUCCCAACCAAUGUCCUUGAACUACGCCCUCAGCAGUGAUGUCUCCGGACUGGGGAUUCGAGCCCCUACUGAGGCUUUCGAGCCCAAGCAAGAGGACGAUUUAUACUUCGACGAUGGUCUGAUAGACCCGCGUGGGGAAUUCGCCGAAGACCUCGCCAUGGAGCCUGAAUACGACACAGCACCCUUUGACGAGUCCAUAUUUGAUAACAACGACACCGACCGGUUUGGACGACCCGUGCCCGGAGCCUUCGCUCAAGCUCAGGAGCUGCGGCGUGCUGCAGCCCAAGACUCGGCGGUCAAGCGCGAGUCUGACAUAACCUCACGGUUUUCCGCACACUCGGGCACGUCACGGUCCACGGCCCAUACGUCCCCUUGCGUGGAGACUCAAAAGGACGGCGAGGUCGCCGACAAACCCCUGCCCAAGGCUGACGAUGCCGCCCAUGCACACGCCGACGUCGAGGUUGAGUCCGUGGCGGCGUACCAAGCGGCGCUCGCUGCUGCCGCCCACCAAGCCGCGGUCUCGGGCAAGUUUCAAUGGGGCUCGUCGCCACAACAAGAAGACGACGAACCGCAGAGCCACUUGGACGACUCGGCGCAUCUGAUGGAGCCCAAUGAUUGCGACGAUUUCGGGCUGACAUAUGACGAUAUGAAUGACUUUGACUUGGACGACGACGCCAUCAUCGCAGAGGCAAACGCGAGUGCCUUGGCUAACGACUCGGAUGAAUGGUACGGUCAAGAGUUUGGAUUCUACUCCAAUCCGCUCACUCAAUACCUCACCCCCCAUAGUGCCGGCAGCUCGUCAAAGGGCUCCGACUACGAGUACGCCAACGGGGGCUUCUUUGGUCCAAAGGGGAUGAGUGGGCUGGACCGUAGCAGCAGCGGCCGCAUGAUCUCGAGAGAGCCAAACCUCACCCCGAUAACGGAGCGGUCCGAGUACUCGAACCGCAACUCCCUCAUGAGCCUCGGCUUCCCGCCUCUGAGCUCGUCGACACCGAUCAUCCAGAGUCCCGGCCUCGCGCAGCUAGCUAUGAUGGCCGAUCGCGGCGACGAGCACAUGACUCUUUCUGCGCUCCUCCGACUGCGCUCCAGGGCCUGGGGCGGCUCACAGGCUAGCCUGGCUUCGAGCAAGGAGGGGUCACCUCUAUCGGAACGCGGAGACGUGACCGGCUCUCCGUGGAACCUCAACAUCCCCGGCCCGCUGGCCCGUUCGAGCAGUGGUCACGGGCGCAAAAACUCGUUCCUCUCCACUACCAGCCGUGACUCGGAGGGACUAAGAAGGGGUCAUCAUCGGCAUAACAGCUCGGCCGACAGCGUGUCGUACCUCAAGGAAGAAGACCGCGGCGAAACGCGAUGGAUCAUGGAGAGGCGACGAACGGGCGAAUCAGGAGAAGUGGAAAUAUUGGAGCGCGAGGUUGUCGAGGGUGGCCGGAUCUGA